AUGGCUUUUCAAAAUGGGUUUAUGUCGAGUGAUGGGACUGCUAGUCCUAUGAUCCAAUAUGAAGAAAAUAGGAAAAAAGAUACAGAUCAAAGAGAUGCAGUCCAGAAGAAAACAUUUACAAAAUGGGUGAACAAACAUCUGAUCAAGAGAUCUACACAAACUGUUCAAUUUACUUUCAUGCAGCAUUGGAGAUUUUCACAGACCGGAAGAAGAAUAGUUGAUAUUUUUGAAGAUCUCAAAGAUGGACAUAACUUGAUCUCAUUAUUAGAAGUCCUUGCUCAUGAAGUUUUGCCAAGAGAGCGAGGACACAUGCGAUUUCAUAAAAUCCAAAAUGUACAGAUAGCUUUAGAUUUUCUUAAAUUCAAAGGUAUACGGCUAGUCAAUAUCAGAUCAGAUGAAAUAGUUGAUGGUAAUCCCAAAUUAACUUUAGGUUUAAUAUGGACCAUUAUUCUACAUUUCCAG